AUGUCCUCAAUGUACCAUCACCACAUGAUGGCGCAGCAGGGCAGACAGGCGGCAGGACAUGUCGGUCCGCACGGGCCGGUGGUGCACCCCAGUGACAUGCACGAUUUCCUCAGCGGCGACCCGAUGGCAGCGGGGCUGCCCGCAGCUCUGGGCCUCUCCUCAGGUAUCGACGGCAACGGAAACGGUGGAGGAAAUGGGGGAAAUGGCGGGCCUCAUCAUGGCGGAAAUAAUGGUGGCAAUGGUGGUUCCAAUCAGCUGCACGCCCCAUCGGCGCUCUACUCCUCACAUCACCACGGUGCAAUGAACAUGAACGGCAUGAUCAGCAGUCUGCACCACCACACCUCGGGCGGUCAACUGGUGGGCGGUCACCAGCUGCAGAACCCCUUCCACCCUGCCCACCACCACCACAACUCCUUUGUCUCGGCGGCGGCGGCCGCCGUGGGCAUGGGCUCCUCCUCGGCUCUCUCCUCCUCCUCCUCCGUCUCGCCGCACCACCAACUGUCGCUGGCGGUGAACGACCCCUCGCUGCUCGAGGCGGACCCCCGGGAACUGGAGGUCUUUGCGGAGCGCUUCAAACAGCGGCGCAUCAAGCUGGGCGUCACGCAGGCUGACGUCGGCAAGGCGCUCGCCAACCUCAAACUGCCCGGCGUCGGCUCACUCUCACAGAGUACCAUUUGCCGCUUCGAGUCGCUGACACUGUCCCACAACAACAUGGUCGCCCUGAAGCCCAUUCUCCAGGCGUGGCUGGAGGCGGCCGAGGCGCAGGCGCGCAAGAACCGUGUCACCCGCGAGGCGGCGCUGGACAUCUGCGUGCUGCCCUCGCUGGAUAAGAAGCGAAAGCGCACCUCCAUUGCGGCGCCCGAGAAGCGCUCCCUCGAGGCGUACUUCUCGGUGCAGCCGAGGCCGUCCGGCGAGAAGAUCGCCGCCAUUGCGGAGAAGCUCGACCUGAAGAAGAACGUCGUCCGCGUGUGGUUCUGCAACCAGCGGCAGAAGCAGAAGCGGAUGAAGUACUCCGCCGUCAACGGACCUGGGGGACAGGGCCAGUGA